GAGCUGAGGAGAGCGCCGUGGUCUGGGGCCGUCCCCCCCCUCCGCCCCCCCCCGGGUUCCAGCCCCUCGCUGCCAUUUUCCUUCCCCCGGGGAGCGGCGAUGCUGCCCGCCCGCAGCCGCCUGGGGCUCCUGCUCCUCGGGGCGCUCCUCGCCCUCGUCCUCUACGUCCUGCUCCCGGCCACCCGGCACGGGCAGCACUCGGCGGGUGCCCGGCCUGAGGAGGGGGAGCGGGGCCGGUGGGCCGCCAACGCCACUGUGCGAAGGGGGAUGGCUGCGGGGGAGCCCCCCGUCUUCUACCGGGAGGUUUCUUCAGGGCCUCGGGCCAGCAGCCCCGGGAGGCCCGAUGUCCUGUUCCUGCAUGGCCAGGCCUUCACCUCCAAGACGUGGGAGGCCUUGGGCACGCUGGCCCUGCUUGCCGGAGAAGGCUACCGUGCGGUCGCAAUAGAUCUGCCUGGCUAUGGGGAUUCACCCCCAGCGGAGAUGGUGGCCUCGGCGCAGGGUCGGGUGGCCUUCCUGGACCAUGUCCUACAGGAGUUGGGCAUGCAGAGGCCCGUUCUCGUCAGCCCGUCCAUGAGUGGCCGCUUUGCCCUGCCAUUCCUCCUGGCACGGGGGGACCGGCUGGCCGGCUUCGUGCCCAUUGCACCCGUGGGCACCAAGGACUACACUGCUGAGCAGUACCAGCAGGUCCAGACACCCACCCUGAUCCUGUACGGUGACCGUGACAAACACCUGGGUCUCCAGGCCUUGCAGAGCCUCCAGCACCUCCCCAGGCACCGGGUGGCCGUGGUGCCCGACGCUGGCCAUGCCUGCUACCUGGACAAGCCGGAGGACUUCCACCGAGCCCUGCUGGGCUUCCUGCACCAGCUGAAGUGAGCGCCGCCUCAUCCCCUGCCGAGGAGAGGACAAGGGACCUGGGCGUCCUGAGGGGACUGGGAGGCAGGGGUGGCUGGCGUGAGGGGUGCCCUUCUCUUUUGGGGGGUCCCCAGGGUGGCAAGGGGUAGGACACCGAUGGUGUCCCUUGUCUGUCACGAGGCCAAUAAACUGAUGCUGCUCCGGUU